UCUCUCAAAAAGUGCGCCCUCCGUGCUGGAAACUCCAAGAAGAAGCUGGCUUUUGGCUGUGGAAUUUCUCUGUGGAUGUAGAGGACUGCUGUCAGAAGGAUAUUCAAGCUUCCCGCUACGGCCCGGAGUAAAUUCUAUGAUGUUCAACUAUAUGUGUCACUGUGACCAAAUCGUUGUGACCCGGCUAUAGCCAGCGCUCUCUCGCCUCUUCCCAGACUAUAUGUGUGUGUGUAUACGCUUUAUGCCACCGAGAUAAGGGUAUGACGAGGAAUUCUGACAGAUUCUAAUGCGUUGAGAAUUUUACCAGUAAUCAGUUUUACUGCGGAGUUUUGACAAUGGAAAGCCGGGACAGCAACUGGACUCUCCGUAUUUCGUGGGCUGUCAAAUUAGGACUAUGUUUUAAUGUGCUGCCGUGAACUCUUUGACAUAGUUUCAUGCAUUGGUUGUGAUCUUGUGGGCUACUGUUGGUCAUCAUCGUUACUACUCCACGUUUACUCUCUGCGCCCCAGUACGGUGUGACUACACCAUAGCGCGGACCUAUAUGAGAGCUAGAGCUGACCAGCGGUUAACUGACUGGCCGGACGCCGGCCGCUGAACUAGGUCGUUUCAGGUCACGGGCAGUGGCCUCAAACCCACGACCUCACACGCCAACUUCCAGGCUUUUCAGGCGUCAAAUGUAUCAUUAAAACAGAGCAGUGGGUUGCAAUAUUAAAACUGUGUAUACGUGCUAGUUGUAUAUACGGGUAUAGUUCGUCAAGUUCGAUGUGGAACCGCUGCAUUGGGCUACUUUCUAUGACAAAAGCUUCACACACUCUAUAUGUAAUAGCGCCGUGCGCUUCGCCGGCCAAUGCAGCCCUGAAGCUUGAAGGCCACCGCAACGGGCGGAGAAGUUAUAAAAGCAUGUGAUCCCUUUUUAAAUGCAGUGCAGUUAAUUUUUUUUUCUACCGAGGAACCUGUACUAAAGAUAAAAGAAGAAACGGAUCUCACACUGGAACUUGACAGGGCGAACCUGACGGAUUAUGAAGUGUGAUAAUUUUACUGCUGUGGAUUUACUUAUAACAAGGUGAAGUAUCACUGCUGACACGCAUAGGCGUAUAUACGCAGGUGUAUUUCUCUAUGGGAUUCCCUUUAUCCUAGAAACAAAGACAGAGAAAGAUAAAAAGGCAGUUUUCCCAACCGUACAGAUGUGACCUUCACUUUCAUGAUCAUGCCACCUCCAAAAAAACCGAAAAAGGGGCCAACGACAGCUGAUCAGUUCCUGACAGAAGAUGAGUUGAACAAGUUGCACAGUCAGCGGCUUCUGUCCACGGACUCCGAGUCCUCGGAUCAGCUCUCCAGGAGGAACAGCAGUCCGUUGUUGUCAGAUGACCAGCUUCUCGAGACAGCAAACCAAGGUCAGUCAAGGUCAAAUGAGGACUCAAAGGUGUUCAGCCAUGUGUUGUCGGCAGACAACAAAGAUGACCUUCCUAUGAACUUGUCCUCCAGUGAUAAUCAUACAAACUGGAAGUCUGAGGAUAAACGUGUCGAUAUUUCACAUGGCACAAAUUCCAGUCGCUUCACUCCGCAUCAAAACCAAGAGACGUUUUCUACCUCCAAUUACGUUCAGCCGUCAAACCACAGUUUUGGUCUGGCAGUGCCAAAGACGGAACCAGGCCUGGGAUAUUCUGAACCUGAGCCUCCUGUCCUUCAGCGAAUGACCGACACGGCCUCACCCACGGUCUUUCCGCCCAAUCGCUACUCCUCGCCGUCACACGGCACCACGGCCAGCCCGACCCUCCCUCACAGAAUACAGGCACCGCCGGUGCUGCUACAGCGGCACCAGUCCCCCAUGCUGACCCUCAUGAUGGCUGGGCCUUCUUCACAUGCAAUAUGGCAGUCUCCCGUGGGGGUCCACGACAGUGUGUCCCCUCACUCCCCACACUUCCCUCCUCUACAAGUACCUCUUGCCUCUUUAGACAAUGUCCUGGCCCACACAUCAUCUCAACCUCAUGACUUCUCAAAGAAGAGCAUCGGCCGAUCUGACGGGACCUCGCGCAAACGUAAGCCGCGUUACUCACUGUUGUCCGCGGCUUUGUCUGGCUCUGUCACGUCCACAUCGACCGUGCACCAUAAUGUGACCGUAUCUACCUCGGCCUCGGAAAGCCGUGCCCAGCCCACACAGCCCGACCAGAAGCGGGCUAUGGACAUACUGCGGACCUCAGCACCUCCAGGCACUGCCUUCAUGGGCAUCUCCCCCGCAGACACUCAGUCGACCUCAGCCGACCUCCAGCGGACCUCAGCAGACGUUCACCAGACCUCAGCGGAACCUUGCGACACAGAUGGAGCCCGGACCUCAUUGGUGAGCACGGCAGUCGACAUGUCUGAUACCUCAACGUCGGGAGUCUUGCGGACGAUGCAAUCAGGCAACAACCUCUACAGGACAGUGUCGAACUCUUCCCAAGGGAGCUUGGACUCAAACUCACAGAGGAAUGGUGUGGGCAACCAGGGCAGGAUGCUCAUACCUAAUGUAUCCUCAGUGCCAAACUCACAGACCACAAACACUAAGCUGUCACAUAGGCCCUCAAGUGCUAGAUUAAUUAUGGGGGGUCUUGUGGCAGCUGUCAAUGCACCCCCAGGAGCACUUAUUUCUGGGUUAACUCCCCUGACACCAGACUCUCCUGUGUUUGUUGCGCCGGGAAUGUCAACUGAUAGUGCAGGGACACUUCAUACAGAUGUGACUGUUGCCUCCAAAUCGCGACUUUCUUCUCAUACCUCCAUGACGUCAUCUCAUGACACCUUGACAUCGCCCUCACAUUCAUUCCCUGGAGAGAACAGCAGGGAUGGUGGUGUAAGUGAGGCUAGCAGACGAGACAGCAGCCAAGACGCAGACGAGGACUUAGGUGUUAGCCCGAUGCAGUCCCCCAUCUCCUCCACAUCCAUGAGUGCCAUAGGGCCUGCACCUGCCUCGUUGCCCCCAGUAUGCUCCUCCUCUUGUCUCCUCCCCGAGGAGCGCUCCAUCAUGAACGGCUCCUCCUCCAGCAUUGAGACCGACUCAGGAUCGGGCAUCAUGGGAAUGGAGUCCAACUUCGGAGACCCAUCAAAGGUGGUGUGCAAGCAAGAGGAACAACUACCAGGGAGCAGUACAUCAAACAGCGUGUCCCGACAGUGUCAGGUGUGUAACGAUGGGGCCUCGGGGUUCCACUAUGGGGUCUGGUCCUGUGAGGGGUGCAAGGCCUUUUUCAAGAGGAGUAUACAGGGCCCUGUUGAUUACAUAUGCCCUGCGACUAACAACUGUACUAUAGACAAACACAGGAGAAAGAGCUGCCAGGCUUGCCGACUUAGGAAGUGCUAUGAAGUAGGAAUGACAAAAGGCACGAGCCAACGGAAAGAGAGACGAAGUAGCAGUACAAGUAGUGCUAACACACCUGUCAGUCGUCCCCGGAAAAGACAAAGGACUGACAGCACGGCAUUGACAAAUGGCACCAAGGCUAAGCGAUUGGGGCACAUGGCAGUGAUUGUGCUGGAUGCCCUAAUCCAGGCCGACACACCAAUCCUGGAGAGCUUACAUGAUCACAGUCUUCCCCCGUCAAAAACUCAUCUCCUCUCAUCCCUUCUCAAGCUUGUUGACCGCGAACUUGUCUAUCUCAUUAACUGGGCAAAACAUGUUCAAGGGUACACAGAUUUGGUGCUAUGUGACCAAGUACACCUGAUUGAAUGCUGCUGGAUGGAACUGCUUUUGCUAAGCUGCGCAUUCCGUUCUGUCGAGUACCAAGGGAAACAACUGGUGUUCGCAUCUGAUCUUGUUCUGGACAGACAAAUCUGGUAUGUGCUGGACAUGGUGGAUGUGCUCGAACAAGUGGCAGCAAUCUCGGCUCAGAUGGCAUUUUACGGGGUGCAUAAGGAGGAACUUUUAUUACUAAAAGCCUUAUCCUUGACAAACGCUGAGGUGCGCCAGUUGAGUAAUCCCGGCCUGCUGUCAAACAUGAGGAGUAACCUAAUUGAUGCUCUCACAGCUACUGCCCAAAAACACCACCCCCAGAACUGGGGCUAUGUUCCGUCCCUGAUGCUACUGCUAGCCCACAUUCGCCAGGCAAGCUUACAAACGAUUGGUCACCUUCAGAAACUGAAAAAUGAAGGUGUAGUGCCAUUCUGUGACUUACUCAAGGAAAUGCUAGAAGCUCAAAGCCUUCCUUCUGAGGAAAAGUCUGCCCUGAGUCAAUGUGGUUAAUGUAUUUGCGUGGUCAUCAAGGUGGUCAUGAUGAAGUCAUUCACAGUUGCCGGGGAGCAGGUCAAAGAUGGCCACAGGCUCCCUUGGCCCGGGAGGAUCCCAUGUUCACACCUUAUUAGGUAGCAUAUUACAUAGUGCUAUGGAGAGUACCUUAUAAAGGUAUAUACAGAUAUUGUUACCUGAGCUGGGUGGAUCGCAAACCCACGUCAUAUACCACAAGCAUAUGUACGCUCUGUGUCACCGACGCAGGAAACUGGUAGCUGUAAACAAAUGCCAGAUUUCCUCUGUGUAUGUUGUAAAAUUGGUCAUCAUGCACUGUGUUCGUUCCAGUCAGCAGCAUCUAUUGGCGUUUUUAUCGGCAUUGACAAAGGCAUGCAGUCAUGUGGUAUUAGCGAAGCAUAUGUGUGGAGUCGUGUUGCAUAUAUUUAGGCAUGGCAGUGGCUCAUCAGCAUUUAUCUCCCUUCUUAAGGGAGGUCUCCUGGAGAGAAAGGGAGGAAAAUAACUUUAUAUUGUUUCACCUGCCAUGAGAUGGCAUUAAACUAAAGAUGCAUUAGGUCGGUACCAGCUUAUUGGUAUGGGGCCCCAAAAUGGUACUUGCUGGGGUAUUAGGUCCUCAGCAUAUAGGACACAUCUCUUGUUGUUGUUGUUGUUUAUAUGUUAUAUGUGUAUAAGGUUUCAUAUAGCUUUUUAGAGGAGGGGAGCUUGUCACCAUUAUGCAAGCACUUCCACGAAAACCGUGUGUUUAAGAACGUGCAUCACAUACUUACAGUGCUGUAGAUCAUGCGUCGGUAGUUGUGCUGAGGUCAUGUGACUUUUAUGUACUGUUCUGCACCACAUUUAAUUUUAGAAGUUAUUUGACACAAUAAAAUAUUUGCCAAUCAUCCUUUCAUUUAAUGCACAACUUUAAUGCUGGCUGUUUCGGUACAUUGUGUGUUAGCCCAAAUAAUGAAGCCAUGCAUUCAUAGUUUUUUUUUUUCAAAUACACAGAGUCCAUCUAAAAAAUUAUGUCAACAGCCGGUUAGGUGGCCUGGGCUAUUCAUUCGUGUUUUUAUUCGGGGUAAAAUAGAUGUAAAAUGUUUUCAGUAUCAAAUUUCUAGCUUUAUGAUCUACUCCAGGCAGUGUAUUUUCUUACGUGUGCAGUUUUCAUUUUUUUCAUUUUUCCCUGAAAAACACUGUUUUACCCUGAUGUGUUUUACCUAAAAAUCUUUUGAAAUAACAUUCUUUUUACACUGGAACCAUGUUUGUGAAGUUUUACAUCAAUAGUGCUCUUAAAUCUCUUUCAUUUCAAACAAAUGUUAGAUGUAUGAACUUUAUGCUUUUUCCCCCUGGUCUUUAAUGUAUGUACAUCAAAUGCUAUGGAGAAGAAAUCCUGAAAAAAAAAACCCAAAUAUCGCUGGAAACAAUGAUAGCUAGUAGAUUGUCAGUUUCAAGGGAGUUAGUUUUUUUUUAGGAACAGGAUUUCAGAAACACUGUCUGGAAUAAGAAUGGGUAAUGUGCUCCUAAGUGAGUUGAAAUGAAGUUAAUAAUAAACAUACAACGAAAAAAAAAAAAAAAACGUGCAAAAUACAAACAAGAUUGUAAACCAGCUCAUGUGGAAUACAUACAUCUAACAGUGCUUUCAAGUGUUUUACAACACCCAGUUGUCAGUAAUCUUACCUUCAAGGGAAGUAACUGUGGAAGCUGAUGGUGGUGGUCAUUCGCUUUGGAGUGCCUCCCAGGUAUAUAAGUGCACUGUUUUACACAAGACAUAAUAAGUUCUGUAAGGAUAAUGUUUUAUCUGGGCCCAUUUGCACAAAGAAAUUCUGGGGUAAGUUGAUUGUAAUUACCAUGGUAACGUGUCUUUAUCGUGUUGCCCAAAGUGCAAAGUUACAGCCAACUUAACCCACUUGGCUUUGUGGAAUAGCGACCUGCUUUGAUUUUUCUGUUACCAAAACUAUGAUUUGUUAUUUUUGUUUUGUUCUUGAUUAUUUCUUUUUUAUAUUUGGGAAUAGAUUUAUGCUACAUAGAAAUUGGUGCCUUUUUUUUUUUAAAUUACCUACGUGUUAAAAAGAUAUUGGCCUAACUGUUGUUUUUGUUGUUGUUGUCCCAUGUCUAUAAUUCCACCUUUGAGUUUGCCUGAAUUGAUGAAGAUGCAUCUUUCCAUUCACUACAACAGUACUAUAUAAAAGGCCUUUCUAUGCAAAGACUGGCUUGAAUUUUUUUACGCAAAAUGCCGCAUUUUCGCCUACAUUGUUAUUCUUGUUGUUGGACAGUUGUCCAAGCAUGGUGGCACUAAUUAAUAAAAAUUCACUCAUAUUAAAAUUUUUUCUCAACUGCAUUCAUCAUUGAAAUCAUCAUCCAUGUGGAUUUCACGCACCUGGCACUAGGUAGGUGGCACUAUAGUGCUUACUAAACCAUUUGGUUCAUAUCAGAUUACGUGAUCAUGUAGUGGUACAUGAAGGACAACAUGCCUGUGCUAGUAUUUCAGCAGUGCUUUAAGAUCCAGAUGAUUAAAAGGAUGUUAGUUUUGCUUGUCUUCUCAUCUGCUAGUAAUAAUAUUCCUGAAUUAAAUGCCGAAAAUUUGAAUUUAUCUGUUAUGGCUCAAAGCCUGUAAUAAGGUUCACCAUAGUGGUUUUGAUAUUUCAAGUCUUUAUUCAUGUAUCUCAGACCAUGUUAGUUUUUUGACUGAACAAAUGUUCAUGCAUCUAAUUAAAAUUUAUGUUUCCUGAUACCAGACUUGGGUUUGUCAAAAAACAUCAUAUGCAGAGGGUAGAAAUUAAAAGAAUUUAAAACGGUUAUGUUAAGUGAUGAUUUGUAGAGAAGUCAGAGCUUUGUUGAUAUUACCAUUUCUUUUGCUUCCUUACUACGUAAUGUCUCUGAAUGUAUUUUUUUCACCAAGAGAAUUGUGAUUUGUUCAAAACAAGAAAACAAUGAGACGCCUCAUAUGCAUGUAUUCUUAAGCUCAAUAUGCAUCUCUCAGGAAACUUGGCUUAAAAUGAAAUUUUAGGCUGAUUUAUCAAGUUAUUGCAAAGGUAAUGGAAAGACUGCUUAUCUUCUCUUUGAAAUGGUUUUUUUGUGGGAAGAUACGAAUUGAUGACAAUUGAAAUCUGAAGCCGAUAAAAAAUUUCUAGAAUGAUUAACUAGAAGCUUAUUAAGAACUCUCAUUUUAUUUGUGUUUACAUUUAAAGAGAAAUUUCUGGAUUAAAUUACAGGAAAAUUCAUCUAAAAAGUAUUGUUUUUUUGACUAAUUGUUAGAUACUAAGUGCAGUACCCUUCCGGUACCCUCCCCCUAACCCUUUUCAAAAAAGUGCUCCUUGUAUCUCACUUUUUACCUGCUACCGAUACCUGUACUUGAUCAUUCCUCUGACAGAUGAGGCGUCAUUAUGCAUAAUAGCUUUUUGUUCAGAAUUGAGCCAUUUAUUCACUAUUCUGGAAUAAGCAAUGCUUUUGUGAUAGGAAUCGGAGUGGAAGAUAUUGGUAACAAUGCGCUUAUAUUCAGCAAGUCGUGCAGAUAUUGUUUUAUACAUUUUUGAAAUGAUUGUAAAAGACCCAAAUUUGAUCUCCCAUGGUGCUUUAAUUGAUCCAGUGUCAGAUCAAAUCUAUUCAUCUGAUCACACAUGUAGUCCUUCUAUAUCAGUGUUUCUCACAGAUUCAUGGAUUGUCACCAUACCAACUUGCUAGCUUUAUAUUGUGUAUUUCUGUACCUUAAUAAACUCAUCUCCUCGUAUCAGUUUUUAAAACCUCUCUAUGUAUUUAAAUCAGAGUUAUUUAUGAAACUUCAUUUUCUUGGCUGGCCAAAUUUGCAAGAGUUAAAUAUUCGUUUUUAGAAUAGUAAACAUGUAAAAAAAAAUUACUACCUUUAUAAUAAAAGAAUGUGUAAAGAGAAUAAUAUUUUAGUACCCUUUGACUGCAUCCGCAGUAAAGGCCGAGGUUUCCAUUGCGUCAGUGUCUGCCCAAUUUGAUAUAUACUUACCCAGAUUACUAAAAACAUGAAUCCAACUAUGUUGGUUAAAUCUGUGUGCAAUCCCACGAUGAAGAUAUAUUAUAUUCUGAUUGGAGUUAGGGGUAAGCUAUGAUUUACAUCCUACAAUGAUUCUUUUUCUGGUAGUCUAAUUUCUCUUUCUCUGGUAUUCAUGAUGUGUUUUGCAGCAGAUCAGUGUUAUUUUGAAAUGUUCCCUUGAUUAUAUGCGUUGUAAUAAAAUAGUCUGAUAUUAUUUUGACUGCUGAACAAAGGCUUAGACAAUGCUGAACUAAAUUCAGCACAUUUCAACACAUUGUCACUGUAAUACGCAUCACGAUAAACUACAUUUUGUGGUAGUGUCUACUUUUCAUGCACAGACUCAAAGCUCAUGCAGGAAGUCAAGUGAUGUAAUGUGGUUAAUUUUACUAAUUGUUUGCCAAAUUUUCAUGUUUAUAACCAGCUAUGGAAGUUAUUCUGUGAGUGACUUUACCAUUAUUCUAGUGCAUUUAACUCAAACUCUGUUGUCUGUGACAUUUGUUUCUGCAAAACUUGGGCACCCUUAAUAUGAUUAAAAAAAAAAAAAGUCUCAUAAAUGUCUUCACAAAUGAAAUUUUCCAUAUGGGGUUUGAUCUUUGUUGGGCGAUAUCAUUUAUGAAGAACAAUUUUGAUAUAAAACUCAUCGAAAAAUGUUGAUGGCACCGUGACCUGUCUGAUAUACACUGUAUCUGUAUAUUUCAUUGACCUUUGUAUAUUUCUCAUUACAACUUUGCAAAUAGGUUUAAACCAAUUGUAUUUUACUGAAUGUGAUAGACUCUAUUGUCUGUAGCUACAGGCCUUGUGAAGGUGGGCAUGAUGCUGGCACACUGGGUUUGUAUCCAAAAAGACAGGAGGGUGUAUGGUUGUACCGUAAACGCAAUGUCUCUUCCAUGGGGGGGAGGGGAUGCAGACAGUCAGAUGGCUAAAUCGCACAAUAUAUCUUGUCCUUGUCAACGUACAUUGGCAAAGGAAAUUCUUUUGCUAUUGAAUAAUAAAUUUCUAAAUUAUAAUCGAUGAA